AUGAGUAAAUACACCGCGAAGUACUUGGAGGAUAAGUUAAAAGAGCAGCUUCAAGCUCAACACGUUCAAGUAACCGACGAAUCCGAUGGUUGUGGAGGAAAAUUUAGCGUUGUAAUUGUAUCAGAGGCAUUUAAAAACAAGACUCUAUUGCAAAAACAUCGACUUGUGAAUAGCACUCUGGCCGAGGAACUUAAAGAAAUACACGCGUUCUCCCAAAAAUCGUACACCCCUGAAGAGUGGGAGAAAGUGCAACAACAACAACAAUAACAACCGUAGAUGGGAACCUGUUGCUGAAACUUGAAAAACCAAAAAAAAAAAAAUAAAAUACAGUCGAACAAAGAAAGUGAAAGGCAACGCAACGCCACGGUGAGGAAGGGAAGCGAAGCAGGAAACGGAAUUUGGAGUUUACGCCAAUUACAUAAAAAACAAUAAAAAUUAAGAAAAAAAAACCAUA